AUGGCCUACGCUACCGCAACCUCGCCUCCGGCCAUGGAUGCCGACGCUCAAACCACCUUAAAGCUCACGACAUCUCUUCCUCGAUCCACCUCCCUACAUCAUGUCGUUGCCUCUCUACCCCCUUCAGCUCCGACUCCUUCCUCGGCACCUUCCUUCACCUCUUCACCUACCUCAACCCCCGUCUCGGUUUACCCAGGUCCGGGUACACCGAAUGCCUUCACGCCCGCCGGUACUCCUCUCCAACCUCCCAGUGAGGGCCCGCGUGGUCGAAUUUAUCCUCUUCCUCUUCCCGCCCCGCUCGAACUUGGCGAAUCUAUGAUGGCAGUUCCCGAGAUUAUCAACCCCAACGGCAAUGGGGUCAAUGAUCCCUCCACCUCUAGCUCCAAGGCCCCAGGCUUGAUGCGAAGAAUCUCCCGAGGCGCCGCCAGCAAACUGACAAGGAGAAGGCAAUCGGCCUCGCAAAAUGACAAACGAGACCGCAGUUCCGGUCCCGUGAUCUUGCGCCGCAGGAGUGACAGCAAGAACAACACACAACCCGCCCGAGACACCGCCCUAGAGUCUAGCAAUGAGGAUGACUCCAUCGAAGCCUUGGACGGACUGGGUGCCUGGGCUGGCUCAGAGCCCUCGAGUCUUCGAAGUGAAAGCCGCAUGAUGUCGGCCCGCGAAUUGGUCGCCACUGCCGGUGGUGCUGUCGCUCCCAAGGUGGACUCUGCCGUGCAGCGUGGAACCGUUUUGACCAAAGUUACGAAGAAGCACCGCAAACAGGUUCGGUUUUUCUUGGACCUGGAUGCAGCCAAGGUCUUUUGGGACGUGUCAAACCCGGCCAAGCGCUUUUACAUCGACGAUAUCAAGGAGAUCCGCGUUGGCGCAGACGCUCGGAACUACCGCGAAGAGCACCAGAUUCCCGAGGACACUGAAGGUCGAUGGUUUACCAUUGUGAUUGCCGACUGCGAACGUUUCAAGGGUCGCGCUUUCAAGACGUUACACCUGAUUGCUCCUAAUGACCAUAUUCUCGAGCUGUGGACCACGACUCUGGAACAUAUCUCUCGAUACCGGAUUGGCCUAAUGGCUGGUCUAGCUGCUUCGGGCCAGAGCGACGCUGUCCUCCAAGCUCAUUGGCAGCGCGAGAUGUCAAGAUUGUUCCCCCAGGGCCUUCGUCCUGGCGAGGAACAAAGCCUGGACUUCACGGCCGUCGAGAGUGUGUGCCGCAGCCUGCACAUCAACUGCUCCAAGAACAUGCUUCGAGCUCAAUUCUCCAAGGCCGACGCUGGUCAUAACGGCCGGUUGGAUUUCUCUGAAUUCAAGGACUUCCUGAAGCGUCUGAAGGAGCGAAAGGAUGUGAAGGAAAUUUACAAAACUCGUGCGGAGGAUCACAAGACUGGUCUGACCCAGGAAGAAUUUUUGGACUUCUUGCGCGAUGUUCAGAAGGAGGACGUUGAAGCUGAUCGCGCACACUGGGUCGCUCUAUUCGAAAAAUUCGUCAAGAAAUCGAGACCCCGUCUGUCUAACGCUUCUGACACGUCCGACACCAGUGCUCUCCCGCCCACUCGCAUGAAUCUUGACACAUUCUCGGCUUAUCUCGCUUCCCCGAACAAUGGGAUUUACGCGUCCAAGGCUCCCCAGUCGCGAUUCGAUCGCCCGCUGAACGAGUACUUCAUUUCUAGCUCUCACAACACUUACCUACUGGGCCGCCAAGUCGCUGGAGCCUCGAGUACCGAGGCUUAUAUUAGCGCGCUUCAGCAGGGAUGUCGUUGCGUGGAGAUCGACUGCUGGGAUGGUGCUGACGGGCGUCCAAUCGUGUCUCACGGACGGACUAUGACCACUAGCGUGCUCUUUGCGGAUUGCAUUACGGUCAUCAAUCGCUACGCCUUUAUCUCCUGCGACUUCCCCCUCAUCCUUUCACUCGAGGUGCACUGCAAUCCUGAGCAGCAGUUGGCUAUGGUCAAGAUUAUGAAAGAUACUUUCAAGGAGCAGCUGAUCCUGGAACCGUUGAUGACCAACUGUUUCAUUCUGCCCUCGCCCGAGGAACUCAAGGGCCGCAUCCUGGUCAAGGUCAAGACGUGUGACGAAACUCAGCUCGAUCCUCGCCAGGACACGGUCAGCUCCAUCGGUACCCAUGGUCGCAAGCGCAGUGCCAGUUCGCCAUUUGUUCGCCCAACUCCUCCCCCCCGACAUGACUCUCUCCAGCGCUACAAUGCCCCUUCCUUCGCUGUCAAGCCCACCCUCGAUUAA